GUCAAUCUGUUGGCGGCAAACAGCGAAGGAACGGUCUGAUGUGGGCGACGAAACUCGAAGUGGGAAGUUGAUAAGAUCGGUAUAAAAAAAAGUUAAAACGGAUCAACCUAGGUUAUUCUAGAGUAAUAGGAAAAAUGUACUAUAAAAUAGUAGUAUUGUUGGUGUCAAUAUCGUUAUCCUGGGCUGAAGAUUAUUAUGAUUUACUUGGCAUUAAGAGAGAUGCUAAUGACAAGGAAAUCCGAAAAGCCUUUAAAAAGCUAGCUGUUACAUUGCAUCCAGAUAAAAAUACGAAUGAUCCCGAUGCUCAUGACAAGUUUGUGAAACUCACUACUGCAUAUGAGACGCUUAAAGAUGCUGAAACAAGGAAGAAAUAUGAUAUUUAUGGCGAAGAGGGGGUCAAUGGCGGAUACAAACCAAAGCAGUACCAAUCUUGGAGCUAUUAUCAGCAUCAAUUUGGCAUUUAUGAUGACGAUCCUGAAGUGGAAACUCUGAAUCGGCAUGACUAUGAUGAAAAGGUUUUGCAAUCAGAAAGUAUCUGGUUCAUAAAUUUCUAUUCACCAAUGUGCAGUCACUGCCAUCACUUAGCUCCAGUGUGGAGACAAAUAGCUAAAGAAUUGGAAGGAGUCGUGCGGAUUGGCGCUGUAAAUUGUGAAGACGAUUGGCAUCUCUGCCGCCAAAUCAAUAUUAGGUCGUAUCCUACGCUGCUUCAUUAUGUCAGACAUUCAACACACGGUGUAAAGUACACAGGUGAUCAUACACAUGAGGGCAUCACCAGUUAUGUUCUGAAUAGAUUAGACGUUAAAGUUUUACCUAUUAGUGCAUCGGUUGGUAAAAGAAUUAUCCGAGGUACUGAGAAAAGCGGAAGUGCUACUGUAAUAUUUGUCUGUGGCGGAGACCGCGAUUGCUAUACUGCUGAAGAUCGUCUCAAAAUCGCUGCAAUUUUGAACAAAAUGGUUGAUGUACGCGUCAUUAAAUGCUCAAAAGAUGAAUGUGACGACGUAGUCGCGCGCAACGUGGGGGUUGUCUUCCAACAUAACAACGAGCUUGCAGAACCUGUAUUCUUUGAGGAUUUUGGCGAUAUUCAAACCCUUGCAAGAAAGGUUUUGGAACAGUUGCCUGAGCCAGAAGAUCUCAGUGCCGAUGACUUUCAGGCAAUAAGGACGCGUUUGCAAUCAGGCGCCGAUGUUGGGUGGUUGAUAUGUUUUUACGUAGGUCAAGCAACGCAGUUAGAUGUACAGCUGAAAAGGUUACCGAGUAUUAUACAAAGUAUUAAUUUAGGAAAAGUAAACUGUGGCAGAUACUCGCAACUAUGUAAACAGUUGAACGUGAAUCAUUAUCCUAUCUGGGGGGUUCUCAAGCCAGGUGGAGCCUUUGAAUUACAUCAUGGCAAAGAUUCCGUGCAUCAUAUUGCCAGUUUUGCAAUUGAUAGUAUCAAGGCUACGAAUGUACACAUGCUAUCAGUCGAUGAAAUAUUAUCAAUUAUGAACAAUGAGAAAGAUAGCGAAGCAUGGCUCGUCGAUUGGUAUGCACCAUGGUGCCCACCCUGCAUAAAAUUUUUACCUGAACUACGCAAAGCAUCAUUACAUUUUGAGCCAUCAGUUAUACAAUUUGGCACGGUGGAUUGCACCAUACAUUCUAAUGUCUGCAGACAGUUCAACAUACGUUCGUAUCCAACAGCGAUGUUAGUGAACAACAGUAAUACUAAUCUAUUCUCAGGAGACAAAGUAGCUGCAAAUCUUGUUGAGUUCAUCAUUGAGAUGAGAAAUCCCACCGUAACAAGACUGACAGCAGAUGACUUUGACGUUAAACUUGGUGAGAAAAAGGUUGAUGAAAUCUGGGUCGUGGAUUAUUUUGCACCGUGGUGUGGUCCCUGUCAACAAUUAGCUCCACAAUGGACACUAGUUGCCAAGUCGUUGCAAGUAUUGCCAUUCGUACAUGUGGCUUCGGUCGAUUGUCAAGUUGAAUCAGCUCUCUGCUCUGAACAAGGCAUUCGCAGCUAUCCAACGAUCAGAUUAUAUCCAGCUGGUAGCAGAGGGUUAAAUCGAGUGGCAUUAUUUAAUGGACAGAGAGAUUCCUUGUCGAUGCUGAACUGGAUCACAGAAUUUUUGCCUGUAAAAGUUGAGGAUAUGAACGUGGCCAGCUUCAAAGAUAAAGUUGUUCCUCGGGAGGAAUCUUGGCUCGUUGAUUUUUAUGCUCCUUGGUGUCACCAUUGUAUCGAAUUGCAACCUCAUUACAAUAUCGCGGCACAGAUUUUAAAAGGUAAAGUUCGGUUUGCCAAAGUCAAUUGUGAAAAAUAUAGACCGCUGUGUGUGCAAGCAUCGGUACGUGCAUAUCCGACAGUGAUGCUAUACUUUCCUGGGCAAAGAUAUGGUAACAGCUAUGAAGGAAGUCAAAUAAAUACCGCUUCAUCCAGCAAGAUAGUAAGGGAUGUCGAAACACUAUUGUCAACAGCCCCGAAAUCAAAACGUGAUGAAUUAUGAUAGAAAUGCAUUCGUAAGUAUGUCGCAGCCUAGUUGACGAAUCUCAAAAGCACCUAAGAAUCUCUACUGAAGUCAGUUACCUCUAAUGAAUUUAUUAACAUGAAUACAUUUUAAAAAUCAUUCACCAGAGAUUUAGCUAUUUUACGUUUGGUUUUCUAAAAAACUGGAAUUUGCUUCAUUCAUUCAAUGUAAAUAUUCGAGAAGGUCACAAGUGGAGAAGAAUGUCUAGAUAUAUUCGUCUCAUUCCUCACAUUCUACUUUAUUCUUCAGUGAAAGAUUUCUACCAGAAAAUGAUGAUUUAACAUUUUCUAUAAAACUUGAACAACACUAUUAUUAACAAAGUAUAAAAAUCAGUAAUUUUAUAUUAAAGUUGAAUAAUUAUAAAAUUGCCAAUAACAUAUAUUUCAGCAAAAUAUUAAAACUUGAUGGAUAUUACUAUCUCGAUAAAUAACAUUUCACUCGGCAGGUAAAGAUUCUUUAUCUGAAUCAAAAUUCACAGUAUCUAUAAUAUAAAUGAAAAAUAACGAUAAGCACAUAGAUAAGUAGAUGAAAUAGCCAAAUAACAAUCUUUUGUACUUGUAUUAGAUUAUACAAUGGAAGUUGAAUUCAGUAGCUAAUAAAUAUACAGACAGCUUCUCGUGAAACCUCAUCGUCAUUACCAGUGGCAGUGGCACUGAAAAGUAAGUUUUUUUUCCAACAUUUCAUUCAGUGUUAACAUUGCAUGUUGUACAAAUUAUACAUAUACGAAGCAUGAUGGAUCACAAGUCGCUUCUGUACAUGACAUAAUCCCGUUAUACCUGAAAUGUAUUGCUAUUGAAGUCGCAGAAUUCCAUGGUAUACUUAAUAGGCAUAAUAAAAUCGUAAAUACCAAA